AUGUCCCCUCAUCGCGUUUUCACCGGAACGAAUGUCUUUGUGGACGGUACCCUGAAGCCCGCCACGCUCGUCGUCAAUGUCGCAACCGGCACAAUCAGCGAGGUCUACGACAGCGCACGCGCCCGGACGAGCUUCCCCGAGGUCGACGACGCGAAUUGGAUCGACGCAGGGGACAAGUACAUCCUCCCCGGUCUUGUAGAUGCCCACGUCCACCUCAACGAGCCCGGCCGCACCGACUGGGAGGGCUUCUGGACCGGCACGCGCGCUGCCGCGUCUGGCGGCGUAACGACGGUCGUGGAUAUGCCCUUGAACUCAAUACCCCCCACGACAAGUGUCGAGAACCUCGAGGACAAGCGGGUGGCCGCGAAGGGACAGUGCUGGACGGAUGUCGCCUUCUGGGGCGGCGUCAUCCCCGGGAAUCAGACUUUUCUACGGCCGUUGAUCGACGCUGGCGUGAAAGGCUUCAAAUGCUUCCUCAUCGAGAGCGGCGUAGAUGAGUUCCCAUGCGUGAAUGCGACGGAUCUCAGACUCGCCAUGGAUCAACUCAAGGACACAUCCACAGUCCUGUGUUUCCACGCCGAGCUCGACAAGCUCAAUCAUCCCGCGCCGAGCACUGACCCGACCGCCUACAGCACCUUCCUCGCCUCGCGCCCGCAGCAGCUCGAGGUUGACGCGAUAGAGCUCAUCAACACUCUCCACAAGCAGUACCCCUCCCUCCGGUUGCACAUCGUCCACCUCUCCGCGGCCGCCGCGCUCCCGCUCGUGCGCGCGGCCAAGGCCGCGGGCCUGCCGCUCACCGUCGAGACGUGUUUCCACUACCUCUGCCUGAAGGCGGAGCAAAUCCCCGCGGGGCGCCCCGAGUUCAAGUGCUGCCCGCCCGUGCGCGAGGAGGGCAACCGGGAGCAGCUGUGGGACGCGCUCCUUGAGGGCACGAUUGACUGCGUGGUGAGCGACCAUAGCCCGUGCGUGGCGAGCCUGAAGUGCCUCGACGACGGGGAUAUCAUGAAGGCGUGGGGUGGGGUCAGCACGCUUGGGCUCGGGCUGAGCUUGCUGUGGACGGAGGGGCGCAAGCGCGGUGUGGGGAUCGGAAGGAUCGUGGAGUGGUGCGCGGGAAAGACGGCGAGGCAUGCGGGCUUGGAUAUGAGGAAGGGCACACUGAAGAAGGAAUACGACGCGGAUCUAGUCGUGUGGGACCCGGAGGCGGAGUUCACGGUGACGAAGGAGUCAUUGAACUUCAAGAACAAACUUACCCCGUAUGAGGGUCUGACGUUGCAAGGACGGGUGGAGAAGACCUACUUGCGCGGGCAGCUUGUGUACGAUCGUAGGGCUGGGGAGUUCGAGGGGCUACAGCCUGUCGGGCAGCUGCUUUAA